UCUUAGCAACCCCGCGCGCAGCCUGGGUCGUUUCCAGGCGCCCCCAGCCUGCCAUGGCGGCCGCGGGUCCCAGCGUCUUCCUACUCAUGGUCAACGGGCAGGUGGAGAGCGCCCAGUUUCCUGAGUAUGAUGACCUCUACUGCAAGUACUGCUUUGUGUAUGGCCAGGACUGGGCCCCCACGGCGGGUCUGGAGGAGGGCAUCUCACAGAUCACAUCCAAGAGCCGAGACGUGCGGCAGGCGCUGGUGUGGAACUUCCCCAUCGACGUCACCUUUAAAAGCACCAACCCCUACGGCUGGCCACAGAUCGUGCUCAGUGUGUAUGGACCAGACGUGUUUGGGAACGAUGUGGUUCGAGGCUAUGGGGCAGUGCACUUGCCUUUCUCGCCCGGCAGGCACAAAAGGACCAUCCCCAUGUUUGUCCCAGAAUCCACGUCUAAACUGCAGAAGUUUACGAGCUGGUUCAUGGGACGGCGGCCCGAGUACACAGACCCCAAGGUGGUGGCUCAGGGUGAAGGCCGGGAAGUGACCCGCGUCCGCUCUCAGGGCUUUGUCACUCUCCUCUUCAACGUGGUGACCAAGGACAUGAGGAAGCUGGGCUAUGACACUGGGCCUUCUGACACGCAGGGCGUCCCCGGGCCCAGCCCACCGCCAGGACUCCCCCUGUGAAGGCACCCAGCCCGGACCGGUCGUCCUCAGACAAAGCAGGUUGUCCUUCCAGAGAGUUGGCCUCGGAUACAUCUGUUUGACGCGUGGCCUCGUGGGACUGGGAAAGGGGGUGGGUGGAGGUUUUUAUAUAAUAAAGCAUCACCUUUUCACAGAA